AUGCCUCUUACGAGCCACAGGACCGUCGAGGAUGACGAGCUCGCAAACCAGGAGGUCGCCAACCCCAACCUCCAGCCUCCAGCCCAGCCCCGCGCAGGCGGCUACAAGCUGGGCAGUGUCGGAACUAUCUUCGCUUCUGGCUCUGCCAUGUUUAGCGAUGGUUAUUCCAACGCAAGUAUCGGACCUGUGAACACCAUUCUGGCUAUUGUUCUGGGCGACGCCUUUACGAAGCACGACAAGGCCGUGCUCUCCGCCAUGGCCUUUGCCGGCAUGGUUGCUGGUCAGCUCUCGUUCGGUUACGUCUCUGACAAGAUCGGCCGCAAGAUUGCCAUGUUUAUCUGCACUGCCAUCAUCUUUGUCUUCAGUAUCCUCUCGUCUGCGUCGUCUGGUUCGCCCCAGACCAUCGUCAAGUGCCUCAUUGCCUUCCGUUUCCUCCUUGGUGUCGGUCUGGGUGGCGAGUAUCCCGCCGGUUCGGUCACUGCCGCUGAGGCCACCGAGAACAACGACAUCAAGAAGGGCCGCCAGCAGCGUCUUUUCAUUUGGGCUACCAACAUGAUGCUCGACUUUGCCUUCGGUAUCGCUUGGUUCGUCGCCCUUGUCCUCCUUUGGAUCUUUGGCAUGAACCACCUCCGUGUUGUCUGGCGCGGCACCCUCGCUCUCGGUGCCAUCCCCCCUCUCAUCCUCUUGGUGGCUCGUCUGUUCAUGGAGGAGCCCCAGGCCUACAAGAAGAACAGCAUGAAGCACGCCCCGAUCCCUUACCUCCUCCUCAUCAAGCGUUACUGGCUCAAGCUUCUUGCCAUCACUUGGUUCAUCUACGACUGGAUUACGUACCCCUUCGGUAUGUACAGCUCGACCAUUACCGACAUGGCCGCCCCCAACUCGACCCUGUAUGAGACUCUUGGCUGGGGCUGCCUGAUCAACGCCUUCUAUAUCCCCGGCUCGAUGCUCGGCUCGUUCGUCUCGGACUGGAUUGGCCCCAAGUACGCCAUGAUCACCGGUCUGCUCCUCCAGGCCAUCUUUGGCUUUGCCAUGUCGGGCGCCUACAACCAGCUUACCAACAACGGCUCGAUUGCCGGCUUCGCCGUCAUGUACGGAAUCUUCCUUGCUUGCGGUGAGCUUGGCCCUGGCAACAACCUCGGUCUCCUUGCCUCCAAGGUUGUCGGUCCCACUGCCGCCCGUGGCCAGCUCUACGGUGUCGCCGCUGCCGUUGGCAAGAUUGGCGCCUUCAUUGGCAACUACACCUUCCCCUACAUGAUCACCUCGUUCGGCAACCGCUCCGAGUACCUCGGCAACACUGGUAUCAUCUGGGUCGGCUCGGCCCUUGCCAUCUUCUCGGCGAUCAUCACCUUCUUCUUCAUUCCCAACAUCGGCCCCGACUACAUGGUCCGCGAGGACGAGGAGUUCCGCGAGUACCUCGCCGCCCACGGCUACGACGUCUCGCAGAUUGGCGAGGCCGGCUACAAGGCUCACGACGAGAUCCCUUACGACCCCGAGCUCGGCCACACCCGCUCCGACGGCAGCGACGAGAAGCACCACGAGAACUAG